ACUUGCCGGAAACUGUAUCACUUAGCUAGAGGCCGUCGUCGCAGCAAGAACGUUCCACCAGCAGAAAAAAUGAAACUCCUUAUCCUGGCUGUUUGCAGUCUGGCUCUGGUAGCCGCCGAUGUCUCGCAUUUGUUCGGUCAUGACCACCAUGAUCACCACCACCACGAUCAUCCUGGCUACAACUAUGACCCGCCGAGCAUCCCCUUCGAGCUGCCCACUCCGGCUCCUGAGUAUCUUCCCCCGGCACCUGUGACCGUUCGUGUAGCUCCUGUUACCCUGCCACCUCCGGUUUAUCUUCCUCCUGUGACCGUGAAGACUGUGGUUCCAAUUGUCAGGACUCCCCAGCCUGCUUACCUGCCUCCUCCACCACCGGUGUUGAAGGUCAACACACCGAAGCCUGCUUACUUGCCUCCUCCACCACCAGUUGUGAAGGUCAACCCACCGAAGCCUGCUUACUUGCCUCCUCCUCCUCCAGUGGUGAAGGUCAACCCACCCAAGCCCGCCUAUCUGCCUCCUCCAGUUGUCAAGGUCAACCCACCUAAGCCCGCCUACCUCCCACCCGCACCCGUGGUGGAGCAGCCCCGCUAUGUGGCUCCCGUUGUGGCUCCCACCUUCAAGAUCCCCAUCCCCUCGUAUGCCGCCCCUCUGGAGGAACCCGUCAACACCUAUCUGCCGCCCCAGGAUGAGGGUUACCACUAUGAUCCCCCAGCAGAGCCAUUCAACUACUAAAAUAGCCAUCAUCCUCAGCCAUUUUUUAAUUGUUGUCUUUGAGUGUCACGUGUAUUUUUUACCUCUAGUUAUUUAUUGUUUACCCUCAGCUCAGCCUGCACUAAAAACGAAAUAAAGCUUAGCACUGCCAAAACGUAAA